CGCGGGCUUUGCCGCCGCCGCCUGUGCGGCCGCCGCCGCCGCUGGUGGGAGAGACGCGGGGUUGGGGGGGGAGGAGGGCGCGCGUGGUGCCGGCGGGGAGCGGCGGCGCCCCCCCCUCCUCCUCCUCCUCCUCCUCCUCCUUCGGCGCCGCGGGCUCCUCGGACAUGGCCGCGGCGGUGGCGGUGGCGGCCGCGUCCCGGCGGCAGUCGUGCUACCUGUGUGACCUGCCCCGCAUGCCCUGGGCCAUGAUCUGGGACUUCACUGAGCCCGUGUGCCGUGGCUGCGUCAACUACGAGGGCGCCGACCGCGUCGAGUUCGUCAUCGAGACGGCGCGGCAGCUCAAGCGGGCGCACGGCUGCUUCCCGGAGGGCCGCUCCCCGCCCGGCGCCGCGGCCCCGGCCGCCGCCAAGCCGCCGCCGCUCUCGGCCAAGGACCUCCUCCUGCAGCAGCAGCAGCAACAGCCGCCGCCGCUCGGCCACGGCGGCCCCGAGGCCGCCCCGCGCGCCCCGCAGGCCCUGGAGCGCUACCCCCUGGCGGCCGCCGCGGCCGAGCGGCCUCCGCGCCUGGGCUCCGACUUUGGCGGCAGCCGCCCGGCCGCGAGCCUGGCCCAGCCGCCGACGCCGCAGCCGCCGCCCGUGAACGGCAUCCUGGUGCCCAACGGCUUCUCCAAGCUGGAGGAGCCGCCCGAGCUGAACCGCCAGAGCCCGAACCCGCGGCGCGGCCACGCCGUGCCGCCCACCCUGGUGCCGCUCAUGAACGGCUCGGCCACGCCGCUGCCCGCUGCGCUCGGCCUGGGCGGCCGCGCCGCCGCCUCGCUGGCCACCGUGUCCGGGGCCGCGGCCACCGGCCUGGGCUCGGCGCAGCCCGCCGAACUAGGCGCCCACAAGCGGCCGGCGUCCGUGUCGAGCGGCGCGGCCGCGGAGCACGAGCAGCGCGAGGCGGCGGCUAAGGAGAAGCAGCCGCCGGCUGGCUUGCACCGCGGCCCGGCCGACAGCCUGUCCUCGGGGGCCGGGGCGGCCGAUCUGGGCACCGAGGGCGCGGGCAAAGGCCGCGGGCCCGGCGAGCAGGACUGGGUCAACCGGCCCAAGACCGUGCGAGACACGCUGCUGGCGCUGCACCAGCACGGCCACUCGGGGCCCUUCGAGAGCAAGUUUAAGAAGGAGCCGGCCCUGACUGCAGGCAGGUUGUUGGGUUUCGAGGCCAACGGGGCCAACGGGUCUAAAGCAGUUGCAAGAACAGCAAGGAAAAGGAAGCCUUCUCCAGAACCAGAAGGUGAAGUCGGGCCCCCUAAGAUCAAUGGAGAGGCACAGCCGUGGCUGUCCACGUCCACAGAAGGGCUCAAGAUCCCCAUUACUCCUACAUCCUCUUUUGUGUCUCCACCUCCCCCCACUGCCUCACCUCAUUCCAACCGGACCACACCGCCUGAAGCGGCCCAGAACGGCCAGUCCCCCAUGGCAGCCCUAAUCUUGGUAGCAGACAAUGCGGGGGGUAGUCAUGCCUCAAAAGAUGCCAACCAGGUGCACUCCACCACCAGGAGGAACAGCUGCAGCCCACCCUCUCCGUCCUCUAUGAACCAGAGAAGGCUGGGCCCCCGAGAGGUGGGGGGCCAGGGGGCAGGCAGCACAGGAGGACUGGAGCCAGUGCACCCCGCCAGCCUCCCGGACUCCUCGCUGGCGGCCAGCGCCCCGCUGUGCUGCACCCUCUGCCACGAGCGGCUGGAGGACACCCACUUUGUGCAGUGCCCGUCGGUCCCUUCGCACAAGUUCUGCUUCCCUUGCUCCAGACAAAGCAUCAAACAGCAGGGAGCCAGUGGAGAGGUCUAUUGUCCCAGUGGGGAAAAAUGCCCCCUUGUGGGCUCCAAUGUCCCCUGGGCCUUCAUGCAAGGGGAAAUUGCAACCAUCCUUGCUGGAGAUGUGAAAGUGAAAAAAGAGAGAGACUCGUGACUUUCCGGUUUCAGAAAAACCCAAUGAUUACCCUUAACUAAAACUGCUUGAAUUGUGUAUAUAUCUUCACAUAUAUAUAUAUCCAAGACAAGGGAAAUGUAGACUUCAUAAACAUGGCUGUAUAAUUUUGAUUUUUUUGAAUACAUUGUGUUUCUAUUUUUUUUUUUGACGACAAAAGGUAUGUACUUAUAAAAGCAUUUUUUCUUUUGUUAACGUUAUUAGCAUAUAUCUGUGCUUUAUUAUCCUGGUGACAGUUACCGUUCAAUGUAGGCUGUGACUUGCGCUGCUUUUUUAGAGCACUUGGCAAAUCAGAAACGCUUCUAGCUGUAUUUGUAUGCACUUAUUUUAAAAAGAAAAAAAAAGCCAAAUACAUUUUCUGACGUCGUAA